AUGAGCAACUCGGACGAAGACGCGUCCAAAUCCGCGUCUAGUCGCGAAAUCAGGCACCUCGCGCAUUCGGUCGAAGACAGCAUCGUCAGCAAAGUCAACGAGCUCUCGUCCGCGCUCCUCGACACGAGCAACAACAUUCACUGCUUGAACAGCAAAAUACAAGCUUACCGCCAGGAACAGAACGCUGCCGUUGAAGUGAACAGGAAGACUGUCUGCCAGGCUCCCAUCAGGACUUAUAGUGCCCUGAUCUCAAAGAAAACUGUUGACGUUUGCCUUAGGCAUAUUAGCAGCCGAGAGGCCACCACGCCACUUCAGCUGACGAGUGCACGAGAUUCUCCCACAAAUCCAUGGCGGAUGGUCCGAGACAAGGAGGCCACCAUCCUAGAACUAGAAAGAAAGAAUGACCACUUGAGGGCAAAACAUGAGAGUGUACAGGAAAAGCUAAAAGAGAAGUCGGAAGAGCUUUUGAAUUCAUCAAGACUGCUCUCAGAGAAGUCACAGGAAGCUUCACUGCUCCAAGACAGCCUCGCCGUUGCCGAAAGGAGGUUGGCCGAAAGCCAGCGAGAAGUUGAAAGAACAGCGCUUCGACUUCGGCAUGCUGAAGAGGAUUCCGAGAAGCAGACGACACGCAUGAAAAACGAGAUUGCCCGUUUGGAACGUGAACUCCUCAAUGAGAGAGAAAGGCAUUCAUCGAGUCUUCUGGGUUUGCAGCAGGAAUUGAAGCAGAUACACCUAGAGUCGAGCUCAUGGCAGGAACGUUACAUGCGCGAGAAGCAGAAGACGUCUCAGCUGUCCGAAGAGGUGUCCCAGUCAAGAACACAGCGUCUAAGGUUUGAAAAAGUAGAUAGUGCCAGGAGUGAAGAGGAUACUGACAAUCUGGAGAAAGGAAACAGCGUAGCGAGUCCAGAGUUGGAGGAUAUAAAGACGAAGUACGAUGCUCUCAAGAAGGAAUUGACCCAGCUAAAGCGAAAAGUUGCUCAGAAUGGAAGUGCUCAAGACUUCUCAGCCAUUGCCAGUCCUGAGGAGUUUAACAGGUUGAUCCUGGAGAAGCGGGACAUUGAAGAGGUCUGCCUGAGUUUCGACCGCAAGUUCCAAAAGCAGACUCAAGUGUUGAAGAGACUGGAUCAAAUGCUGAAGGAGUCGGAAGCAAAAGUGGAAAAGCUCACUCAAGUGAAACUUGAAAAACAGAAGAACUACCAGGAUUUUGUGCAGUAUGUUGGAGAAAAGCUCGAUUUUGUUGUUGGAUUGCUUUCUAUACGCUCUGCGGACACCUUUCAAGCUUUGUUUGCCUCUGAGUUGGCUGGGAAGCGGCCAUUGUCUUUUCAGGUGGCAGAAAUCAAGAGCAAGUUUCACUGGGUACUGCAAGAAAUUCGGUCCUUGUGUCUUGGUGAGGCUGAGUCGAAAACACAAUCCAUCGCCUGUCCAUCGCAGGUUCACCAUUGCAGCUCCAGUGGAUCUGAUGCGAAGGGGAAGCCAAAAAAGUUCUACCGGUCUUGACGUGUCCAUUAGUUGUGAUUCGGGAAGAUUCGUAACUUAAGGGUGCUUGUGAUCCAUACAUUACGGACCUUUAAGAUCUAUGGAAUUACGGCAUGAAUGAUCAAAAUGCUGGUCUUUCUUACUACAUAACUGACUGUCGUGUUGCUAACCAUGAAUGAUUAAAGGGACACUAAAGUCAAAUAACAAUUUACAUCAGAGUGAAAGCUCAAUGUAUGGCAACACCUAAAAUGACAAUAUUAUCAACAUCAGUGCCCUACUUAGCGAUAAAUUAAGGCAAACUGCACAAGAACACAAGGCCCGCAGUAGGACAUUUUCAAAAUGAUCCCGAUGACAUCAGGCGGACUGCCUACAAUUAAUCACUAAUAAUCUAACUGCAUUAAAUAAAAAACUUUCCGUGCAUCAAGAGACACAAUAAAAUGCUGCUUGUU